UGCCAUUCCCACGUGUCAUUCUUCAUCACCAGUCUACUACCAUCUAAAUACACCUACUCUCGUUUGUUCGAACCAUCUCGAUAACCUUCGCUUAAUACCUCAACUUCAACAUAUCCGCAACCUUCACCAUGCGCUACUCUUUCUUCGCUAUAGCUACAGCCGGCGUCCUUGCCUCAGCUCAAUCCACAAUUCCUCUCGGCGAGAAGUGCACUCCCGGCGGCACUCCGUGUGCCAACGGUGCCAACUGCUAUGCUACCAACUCUAUGCUCAUCCCCCAGUGCGGAAACUUCCAGUCAUCUUGCACCAGCGAUGAUCAAUGUGCAUUUAAUACAUGCAAUGGCGGCUUCUGCAACGGCCCCAAGGCUUCUUCUUCUUCAGCACCAACCACUUCCUCAACCCCACCCACCGUCACAAGCAGCUCGACUGCGCCUGGAUGGAGUCCUGCUCCUUCACCCACGAUUGUCGCGCCCGCUGGCUCUCUUCCUCUGGGUGCUGAGUGCAAUCCCUAUGUCACCCCUAGCCAGUGCAUCGAGGGUGUGGAAUGCUGGGCCAGCAACGCCGGUUUGAUCGCGAGAUGUGGUAACUUCAACGCCGCAUGCAAGACUGAUGCGCAGUGCGCCUACAACACCUGCAACAAUGGCAUUUGCAACGGUCUUCGUGUGUCUUCGUCUGGCCUGCCUAUGGCUUCUUCCAGCCCAGUCCCGGGAACCCUGAGUGUCCAGCCUACCCAUUCUUCCGGCUCGGGUGGAAACGGUACCGUGAACCCAUCCCACACUCCCUCGCCCAUUUCGUCCGGCACCCCAGAGUUCACUGGCGCUGCAUCGGCUGAAAAAGUAGCGGGCGGCAUCUUCGCGAUUGUGUUCGGUGCUAUCGCUUUGGGUUUGUAAGGCUGUGGCGGUAACUAGUAAUGAAGUAAUGAUGGAUUGAUUGGACAGAAUAUUGUUUUUUUGCGCUCGUGCCCGUCUCUCUUUACUGUUUUCAGCGUGUACAUAUAUAUAGACUAGUAAUGCAAAUAAUCACUGUCCUUUAAAAUGAAACCAACCGUCGAUCGGUAC